CAUCUUUAUCGCACAAACACUCGUUGAAUCAGACGGAAGAAGUUGAUCAUGCCUUUGGUUACAUCUGCAGUACUUUUAGACAAAAUUGCACCACAUUUAAACGCGAUCUAUGAAUCGGAGUAACGCCAGUGACAUACGGAUAAGACAAUGCCGGAUUCUGAAAACCCUCGCUCGUACAUACGGCCUGUGCCUUUGCCAAUUCCAUCACAUCAGGGUUUGAAGAUUACAGCUCGACAUGCAAAGAUUUACACUUGCGAAGUUCCAACUCGGAAGGAGGUUGCGAAAGAGAAUUAUGAACGACGUCGGCACCAGAUGAGCAAAUGUGGUUAUCGCUCGGUAAUUUAUAAGCCGUAUCAACCAGUUGGGGAAGUAUACUUGGAUGACAAGAAGCUUAUUUUGAGCGCAUUGGGCCAAGAACAAUCGGAACAAGAUAAUUUGGUGAGAUAGCGAUAUUUUUAAACCAUAUAAAGAAUCAUUUGCUUUUUUAAAAUAUAUAUAUAUAUAUGUCCUAAAGACUUUCGCUUUCAACUACUCAGCGUUUUAAGAAUAUUUAGCGAAGUCUCUUGAUUAAUUUACCCACGUUAAUAGCCGUCAUAUACUAAAUUAGAUGAACUGAAAUGGCGUGAAAAAAAUUGUCCAUAUUUCUUUGCGUAAAUGCCAUUCAUCGAAGAUUUUCCACGAUUUGAAAACAUAUCGCUACGUAUUUGUUUGAUAAUCCAGAUAUGCUCUUGAAUAAAAGAGUUUUUGACUUCUAAAGAGUGCACAAUUGGGUAUUAAAAACAUGAUGUUAUGAAGAUUUAAUUUGAUUCAAAUAUUUAGUCUAACAAAUAUUGCGUCAAAUGAGCUUAUUUGCUUUUAAAAGUAAAUGUUACAAUAACGCAAGGACGUAUUCACCACUUUUUCAAAGGGAAAGUUUAAAAAUUUGAAAAAGAUCUCAGGGCUCUGCAUUAAAAGAGCCCGGUUUUAAAGACUAACACACAACCCACUGAUGUUGCUUUCUGCAUAAUUAACUUUUGGUCGUGUUUUCGAUUGCAAGUUAAUUAUUACUCUCUGAACUGUAAAACUUUAAAAAAUGCCUGAGCUCUCGAGAUUUCUCGAUUGCAAAUUCAUUUCGCCUUCAUCGAUGGCUUCAACGACGAAGGCGAAACUUUAAUUUGUUACAUCCUUACACGCGCUGCUCUAACACGCGUUCUUAAAAUAGCUCGAUCGUCUAUGACUUUACUUGAGUACAAAAGACAAAUUAAGUUUUAACUUGAACCUGCCUUAGCGCAUUCCCUCGACGUUUCUUGCAUCACAUUUUUCGACCUUUCAACGCUAAUCAGUGUCGAUAGAGUGUGAGUCAGAACUAUAUCACAACUCAAUAAAAUACGAAGUUACAAAAUUUACAACUGCAUAAAUUAAAAAAUGUUGUGUUGUGCAUUUAUGAUCAAUGAUUUUUUUUUUCUCACGGGAAAGUGUCUGCUGAAUAAAACCUUUGAAUUUUUCAAGUGAGAAUGGUAGAAUUCUGAAUUUUAAAACAUCUAUUCUUUUUCUUUGCUAUGCUGAUGAUUAUUUUUUAUUCAAACUGCAAGGUAUUAAUCAUUAGAUUCCAUCCUGUAGGUUCAAGAUGAAUCAUCAUCAUCAUCAGGAGAGUCAGAAUCUGAAAAUGAAGAAUCCAUGAGACAAUCUAAGGUACAGAAAAUAUUUUUCCUUUAUGAUGUAACUGCUCAACAAUGAACCUGAUAAUUUUCUAAUUUUAUUUUGUAAACAUUGUUGUAAUUUAUGCAGGAAACACAACUUUAGUUCUGACUUUCAGUCAAGUUGUCCAAACCUUAGUUUCUCUCACAUACAACAGUUCUUUAAAGGACCAUCCUCACAUGGAGAUCUCACUGGGGAUUAGCUGUAAUUCUCAAAUUCAAACUGCAUGUGGAAAAUUAAUCAGGCAAUCCAAAGAUCAGCUUAGAAACUAGAUCUGAUCUUGCUAAAGUUGCAACUAUAAAUAUGCAAGGCAAAAAUGUUCUGGAGGCCUGCAUACUUCCAAAUAUUUUGUCAUCUUAAGUUAAUGUCUCCCCUCCCCAUCCCUUACUAGUACACUGUGUUGGUCUAAUAUCUUUUGAUUUUAUCAAUGGUGUUUCAUCCAUUUCCAGAUCCCUAAUUUAUAUAUCAAAUUUAUGAGCCCUAGCCUUGCCAAGCUGGCCUUAAGUAGAGAAGAUCAAAAGUUUGCCAGUGACAAUUUGCGGUUGAUUACCACUUUGUGUGUUUUUGACUAAUUUUUUUUUAAUUUGUUCUGUUUUAUUUUAAAGGAUCAACAACCUGUUGUACCUCAACCAACAAACUAUAAACCCAAAGUUAUAAAUGACAUCAGAGCACAGAUCCAUAAAGGAAGGUGGCUAGAUUAUGAAUUAUUUACAAGAAAUUUACUUGUUAUUUUCAUUUGCCAUGAAAAAGGGCUUUUUUUUCUAGUAUUCAUGAUCAAUGGAAAUUCUUGUUGAAUUACCUUUUGCAAUCCUGUAAAUUCAAUUUAUUAAUUAUAAUUUAUUGCACUAGAAAUAGUCUAAUAAUCCAGUUAUCAUGUUACAAUCUGAUGGACUAAUUAAAUGAUGCAUAACUAUUUUUCCAUUCAACACUGUCAGGAAAAUGAUACAUGCUGUUCGCCUUGGCUUUGGAUUAUACAAGCUUGUUCAUGAUGAACAAAACAGAAAGGUACGUAGUAUUGUCAGAUUUGUUAUGAUUCUUUGUUGCAAGUAGUAGCUAGUGUGAUUGGCUCACGUCAUGCACAGGCCAGUUUAAUUAAGGGCUUGCUUGAAUCUAGAUCAAGAGGUCUGGGCUCUAAUGAACCCUGGCAGGGGUCAUGUAUCAAAGGGAGAAUUUGCAGUUGCCUAACAGUUACUGUGUUAGACUCUGAGUCAAGAGGUCUGGGUUUGGCACCUGGCUGGGUCAACAUGUUGUGUUCUUGGGAAAAAACUGUGAUACAUUGUGUGAUUCAUCAAGUCACAGGUUUAUUACAAACCAAUGUAAUGACCAGAGCCCAGUUGUUUGAAGGGUGAUUAGCACUAACCAAUGGAUAAAAUUAAAUCCAGGUCUCUUUUUUCCUUUGUUCAAAAGCAAUGUGGGAUAAUUUUACCUAUUCUUUGUGGGGAAUUCAAUCAUCAAAUUACUUACAAAAAGAAUUCUUCUGAAUUUCCUUUUAAAGCUUUCAGAUCUGAAAACAAACUUCUCACUAACCCUGGGUUAUCUUGACCCAGCUUUGAAUGACUCGGUCCUGGUCCCAGUUGGCUAAAUGUUAGCUGAGUUGGUAGAACAACUGAGCUAAAAUUCAGCUGAGCUGAAUUUUUUAUAGGCCUAGCUUACUUCUACUACUGCUUGAUAGUGUUUAUUAUUGUGAAAAUUGCUUUCAUAUUCAUUGUUGACCUCAUGCACACAGUGCCUCUUUUUGUUUAGGAGUAUAAAUGGGUACUGACAAACUAUCAUGAAAAUUUGACAAAAUGUUGGGGGAGGAGGGGAGGAGUGGUAAGGGGUUAAUCUGCAGUGGACCAGCAUAUUCAAUCCAGGAUGAAUAUUAAUUCAAUAUUAAAUACUCCAAGUUGUUUCAUGCUAUAAAACUACCAGGAAAAACUUCAACUACAGAACUUAGCCAUUAAAGGCUUGUGAGAAUGAACCCUUUGGUGACAUUUCCUUGAUUUUUAGCAAGCUGAGGCUGAUAAAGAGAGGAAACAGAAAGAAGAGGCUGCCAGAAAUCAGAUGAAACCAGCAUCAACCGACAGUGAAGAAUCUGAUGAUGAUUUAGACAUUGAACUGAAAAGGUGUGUCUGUCAGACUACAUCAUAAAACUAGAGAACUGUAUAACAUAACUUUUAAAUUCACGCUGCAUUCUUAAGUCUAUAUAUGAAAUGUUUUUCCUGGUAUAUACAUCAGGGUGGGGUCCAAAUCAAAAUGAUAAUGAUCAUGUUUUGUUUAUUUACCAGCUAUAUGAUCCCACUACCAAACAGUCCAACCCGAGAUUCUGAGCAAGGGUAGGUGUCUUAAGUUGAAAGCCUUCAUUUUGAUUGUACAAUUAGGUUUUAAUCAGGUUUUGCCUUAUAUGCCUCAGCAUAAAUCAGAACUUGUUAUAAGGUUUGGUUUGCCUUUGGUCUACAUUUAUGUUCCAUGAUUCAUUUGUUUCCUGGCAAAUUUAUGACAUAUGAUGAAUUGUGUAGAGAUUAUAUUUUCAAAUUAAAAUGGGAAUGAUUCUGUUCCAUGUUUAAUGCACAGAUUGGGAGAGCUCCUAGAUCCACAGCAAGCCCAACAGAGACCCAACAGUUCACACUCAUCGGCCAGCAGUAAACGUUGGAAACGACUGAGUAAGUAGGAUUUAUCUCCUUUAAGUGAUUUACAAGUGCAUGUUGUAGCCAUGUCUUGCAUAUCCUGUUCAACAUGCAGUAUCCUUACCAGUAAUUCUUUUGGAAAUUCACACACCCGUACCCCUUUCUUGAGAGAAGCAUGACACGACAUCCCAAAGAACAUGCAGAUGCAAAAAAAAAGAAUUUUUCAGUAAAAUUAUCCAACAAAUUAAAUAGAUUAUACAAAAAAGGAAUGAAUUAGCUAAUUUUCGCCUGAUUUUUGUUAUGUUAAGGUACAACAGUCAGUGCUGCGUUGUGGAGCCCACAGUCACCUCAGCCUCAGUUACAGGUCUCAUCACCAAGCCCCUCCCAGUCAACAACUGCAGAUCAGCUUCAAAUUGACAGGUAAUUAACUGACAAUGACAAAAGUGUUGCAGGGAAUCAGAUCGUAUGAAAUCUUGUAGCAAGGGAAUGUCUUUUGAGUAACAACAGCCAUGAAUUUCAGUCAAACAAAGUUUUGACAGGUAAGCUAGGCAAAAAAAUUUGGAAAGUAAAACGUUUGAUAAUCCAUGUCACCAACGACUUUAAAAAAUAGCCGAAGAUCUCCGAACGAAUCCUGAAAAUUGCCUAAGGAAUUUCGAUAAUUUCAUAAGUCUUCUGUAGCACCGACUCUAUGGAACUCUCUUCUGAACAUCAUAAAAGAGAGCAGCUCGCUAUCAGACUUUAAGACCUGUAUAAAGACAUACCUUUUUAACAAAUUUUAUAAUUAACCUUCUUAACAAAUUUUAUAAUUAGCUUAGCGAGUUAAUUAGCUAUUUUAUAGUUAGCUAGGUCGCUAGUUAGUGUUAGUUAAUUAGUUAGUCAGCUAGUUAGUUAGUUAGUUAGUUAGUUAAUUAGUUAGUGAAUUAGUUCUAUUAUAAGUUUUACAGUUUUUACUCUCAUCAUUACAGAUUUUUUAUUAGCUAGUUUUUUACUCAUAUUUUAGUGAUGUUUAUGUUUUUAUAAAUUUUAUCAAUGUCUUUUAUAAAUGAAUUGUAAAGCGCUAUUGAAUAGCAAUAGAAAUAGCGCUAUAUAAAUACUGUAUUAAUAUUAUUAUUAUAAGUUGGUCAUAAUUAGAGAUGAGGGAGAUUUUAUGGGGGGUGGGGGACAUUGUGAUUAACUCGUAGGGAACCAUAACGGAACUCGAAUAGGGCGUAAAUUCAAGGGAAGCCUGUAUUCAUCAGCUCUUCAACAAGUCCAAAUACUACAGAAUUUAAAAGGAAUUAUGAUAUUGUGCAACAUUACGCGCACAUCACAUAUAAUUACCUGAGCACGUGUACUGUCAUAUUUUCGUCAAAUCCGUUUCUGCCAAAACGUGAUUUGAAUGUCUUUCCUCUCGUAGAUCAUCAACUGCCGAGCAGCCAGGCACAGAUCACGUGAUGGACAGUCCACCGUCCAGCCCCACCCUCCCCCACAGGUUUUAUCUCCAACCACCUAAGUCAGCUGCCCACAGUACAAUAUCAAAAAGUAGUCGCAGAUCCAAAAAGCUGAAAAGCCCCCGGCCUUACUCACCAGUUUAUUCAAACAUUAACUACACUGAUGUCACAGACAGGUAAAAUCUGUACAAGAAUAGUUUUUUCUUUGAUACGUGGAGCUUUUUGAUUGAGUGUAGCCUGCUCCACGCGUUCUGUUAGUAAAACGAAGCUCGAUAUUAAAAGAUGCAAUUUUUACAAAGAGGUGCAAACCUCCCGCCUUUUCACUCCGCCGCUUGUAUCGCACCGUUGGCUUUUUCGUUCCGUCUAAUAACUGAACUCUUGGGACGAGCUAGAUUGAGUGUUGUAGGGCCAAAGUUGAAGUAAAUCUUGAAAUGAUCAUUAAGAAUAGGAAAAGUGAAGCGCAUGAAGAUCCAGCGAUGAUUUUUGGUUUAAGCUUUGCCUCGGAGUUUUUCAUGAUCUGAGCUGUGCCUGGACGUUUUGCUAGAUCGCAAAUUUUUUAGGUGCAGUAUUCAGAGCAUUUUUCAAAGCACUAGAUUGUUUUCUAACGGCUGUAAAAGUUCAAUGGAAUGCUGAAUUUGAGCUGCCUUUGUAAAUGUAGUGUAUGGAUAGUUCUACUUGUGCCUCCCCAAUUACAGUAUGUAAUGCGUUUACCUUGAACCAACGUUUUUAACGUUUCUGCUGACUGCGUUAUUGUGUUAUUCUACAGAAAGAACGUCUUCCGUCAGCUCUGUGCGUUGAAUUGGAUCCUGGAAGGAAUGUCUCAGGAUCAACAGCCUCCCGUAAUGCCCCCAAUAACAAGUUGUUGGAAACUAAAGUAAGUCGGUAAUCAACUGACAUCUGCAUUGCCUGUUCCCCCACCCUCCCGACCCCUUCUCGUAUCCAUUUCCCUUCAAAAAAUUUAAUUAGAGUUGCUCUCUUUUUAGGGAUUUAAACGAAGACCCAAGAGCCAUUCGAAGAAGAGUGGAAAAAGACAAGGCUACCGAUAAAGAUUGGGUAACGUUCAAGCAAAACCCAGCGCGAUUCACUCAGGUAAACUAAUGUGAGCUACAGAUAACUCUUUGGUGAGUUAAGCCUUCUGACGGGGUGAUAUUUUUUGAGUGUUCUUGUAAACUGCUAGAUCAGCAAUGUCGAAACCUUUCUUACUAUUUGGUUAUGUUCUUUGUUACAGCGUGGAACUCGUAGAGGCACGAGACGCAUCUCAAUCCACCCAAAUUUCAUUCAACGGUUUUCAACGACAAACAAUGGUGGCCAGUCCUCCACGCCUGGACCCACUUCCCUUCGUGUUCCAGCAGAUGCUCGACCCAGGAGUGGAACGAGUAACACGGGAGAGACUAUGGCGUCAUCGCGGACGGAAAUACAAACAGAGCAUGCGUCUGUUGAUCAGAGGGUUCCCCACAAAGAAGACAGUGGUAGCGAAACUCAAAGCAAUGCGCCGAAUAUUGGUAAAGUUUCGGUUACUUAGAAAUAUGGCAUUCCUUUGUGUAAUUAUUCAGGAACUGCUCGUAGAGUGAAGCAGAGGGCCCUUAAUUUCUGUUGAGCAUUUGUUGACCCAGAGCAUUGAAUAGUGGUGCGAGCGAAUCUUAGACCUUAUUAUUGAGGUAUACAACCGCCAUGAAGUAAAAACUGAUAACAUGACAAAAUCAAGUAGACUAUUGCCCGGAUAUUAGCCCAGGUAACAAAUUCUUCUUCCGAUAUCUGCUAUGAAAUAAACCUGGCUGUAUUCAGUGGAUAUGUCUAUCAAGCGGCCGCGGGUGUAAGAAUUAAGAUUCUGUGGCACGAAGCCUGAGUAAAGAAGACAACCUCAUGCGAUAUUUUAGUUUCAAGAUGUUUGUGCUUAAAAAUGUUUUAUUCCGUUUGUUUAGUGUUUUGUUUUGUAGUUAUUAUAUGGUUAUCUGUACCCAGCAAUUUUUCCCCACCUGACCACCUCUUUCUCCUCUCUCCACGGACGUAGGGCCCACUGUGAAAUUUAUAGAUCCAAAGAUAAGAGCUGUAUCAGCCCCUCCUGGACCAGUGGGGGAUCCAGCAGUCGCAGCAGAAGCAUUACCAGUAACUAUAUCUAGCACCCCUCAGAACGGAACACAGUCAGGUACCGACAAAAAGGCGCCACCAUCGAAGCUUCAAAAACAGAAAUCGUUCACUGUAACUACAGUGUACACUCCACCGUCAAACCCCAGUAAAGCCAUGCAGAAGUUACGGGCCAAGACAAGGGCUGCAAAGGCAUUCAAGAGUACAUUGUCGGUGAGUUAUACAACUGGCGUUCGUACAUUUACUUCUGAAUACCAAAGUAUCAUUCUAACUUAGAAGACCGUUAAAGCAACGCCUCGCGAGGGUUCACCUUGCGCGUAGAAAACACUGGAGAGGAACAAACUUACAUAAACAUCUUCUCGUAUUCUGCAUAUUGAAUAAUAUCAUCAAUUGCGUUUUCGUUAUUGGCUUGUUUGUAGAAUUUCGAUCUCGAGACAGCGCCAUUAAAAGAGCGAUACAUCUCAAAAUAACCAUUGACAAGACUGAUAUCUUUUUUCGCCGCCAUUCCACAUUUCGAAUACUCUCCAAUUCGUUAAUGCCGUGUAAAUUGGCAGUGGGCAAACUGUAGAAACCAAUUUGCAAGUGAUAGACUGAGGAAGAAAAAGACAAAUACCUUGCAUUUUAAUUUUUUAUCAUCUUUCUUAUCUCCUUUCCCUCUCUUCCCCGUUCUGGCCUGUCGCCCCUCUUCCUUCUUCUCCUCCUACUUGCCUCGGUUCCUUUUCAAAUCACUAUUAUCGUCGUUAUUACCAAAAUCGUCAUCGUCAUUUUCAACUAUGUCGUCAUUAACGUACAUGAAUCACCUGGACAGGUAUAGUUGAAUUCAGUGGUCGAAGCGGGUACAACUGUGGUUGUUAUCAGGUAUCGGAGCUCAAUAACAGAAAGAUAAACCUUUGUUUCAGCAAAAGGAACUGGAAAAAUUAACGUCGAAACCGGAGGAACAACAAACUUCUACCGAUUCGCGUGUCAGGGCCUGGGUACAAGCUACAGGUGAGUGGAAUGAUAAAAAGAUUAUCAUAUAUUAUCGGACUGACUUCGAUGAAUUGUGUCAUGUCAUCUGAUUUUCAUAAGCAUUUGAGUUCAUGUGAAUCAUUGGUAAUUAACUGCUCCUAGCUUCUUGUUUUAUUCGGAAGCUUGUUUAUAUUUCUUAAAAUGUCUAAUUGUCUGUGACUUAAAUCUGCACGCGCUGUAGUGUGUUGUUAGUAAUGUCAAUGUGACCAAUUAAAUUGUGUGCAUAUCACAAGUUUUAAAGUGAUCCCUACGACUUUUUAUCUAACUUUUGGAACCGUUGAAUUUUUCUCUUUCCAGGUGCAGUGAAUAACAAGAGGUACGAAAUUAUAUUUUCUUUUUACAACCGUCUUAUCAGCUCAUUUGCUUGUCAGACUCUGUGAAUCUGUUAGUUUUUUUUCCUUGUUUGUGUGUUUGCUUUUUUAAAAGCAAACCUUACAUUCGCACAUAUCCAUAAACCGUUUGUUCGUAUCAGAAUCAAUCAUGAAUUGUAGUUUCCAUGCAAGUUCGGUUUUUAAUUAAUUGAAAGAAGACUUGCGGCAGUGACCCUGUAUCCCUUAAUUGAACAUAAUUUAUUUCUCUUCAAGAUUUGCAGCGGCAGCGAUCGCAGCAUUUGGAGCCAUAAGCUUAGACCAUCGCGUGGAAAAAGUCCCGAUUGACUUGAAGACGAAAUUCAACGAAGUAGCAGACGAGAAAGCCCUGGUAUUACACGAUAACUUGGAAGUUAGGGACAGGUUAGUUGUUAUUGUUGUUGUUUUUUUUUAAACUAUGAUGUUGUUGUUGUUAUUGUUGUUUAUUUUGCCUUCGUGUAAGUAGACCAUGUGCAGGUUCUCCACCCUCUGAUAACCUCGACGGGGUGGGGUGAGAAGCUCGUGAAUGAGGAGGAAAUGUCCACACCUUACCCCAUUGUUCUUGUCACCGAGAUCCGGUUUUCUCGCGGGGCAGUGAGAUGUCUUGGGUGCUCAUCAAUGGUGUAAGAUGUAAGGUUCAGUAUCAAGAGGUGGAUGAAAGAUAAGAGAAAAAGUUGUAGCGUUUAAAUUUAAUUUAACCCAAACUUUUUUUUAUGUAGGACUCGACUGCAAGUAUUGGAACGUAAACUGAUGUGUCUGGAGACAUUUAACAACAUCUACAAAGCUCUGGAUCAGAUGAGAAGUGGCAGUGUAUUACCCGACACAGAAACGAAUGAAGAGAUGCGACAGCGAGUCACUGAGGAAUGUAAAUGGUUUGUACAUCAGCUGUUUUCACCAACAUUAAUUUUUUUGUCCUUUGAUCAAAUCAUCUGAAUACUUACAGGAACUUAGUUUAGUUUUGAAUUUACAGAGUUGCACCUGAAAUAUACUCUCUUGGAGCUCACCAUCUUUAUAAGUAAUUGAAUAGCUAGUUAUAUUACAGAAACCGUCAAGAAUUUUUGUUGAAAGGAAGAACUCGUCACACAUAGCAUUAUAACUAUGGUCUCAUCCUUUUACUAUACCUCUCACUCACGAAUUGUUCUCACUAAUUUGGCCUUUUUACUUUGUGGUGCAAUCGCCUGCCCAGUCAUCCCAGACUUUUAGUUUUGUUUCAUUAAUUGUAAUCUGAGUUAUCCCUUAAGGCUACGUACGGUAGAGUGCACCUUUUAAAUGAGUUUCUUAAACUCAGCACUGAAAUAAUGACGGUAGCCAAUCAGAAUAGAGGAAAAUACGAAGGGGAGCCAAUGAGAGUCCAAGCAAACGCAUGUCGCUACCCUGAAGCGCGGGAAAACGUUGGUGGCUUAGCCUUGACCGGUUUUGGUGCACAUCUGAUAGCUUUUUUUUUUUUUCUUUUAAUUGUUUUGUGCUUGUGUUGAGAGGUAUGGCGAGUUUGCAUUAACACUAAAAUCGUUGUUAUUGAUAUUAGGUACAAGGACUUACUAAGCAAUUUACCUCAAGAGGUGAGGGCUGAUCGCUGCUGUACACUGGUGUUAAACAAGAUUGCUGGUUAUGGCUCGGUAAGUGUUUUAAGAUGGUGUCAGGUAACACCAUAAUGCUGCCGCAAUGGCAUUUCGUAUUCUUCUUGUGUAUAAUUCCACGUAUGAUUGGCGAAAACACGUCAAAAAUGGCUGACGUUUACUUAAUGGCCAGAGGGGAGAAAAUUGUCGGAUAUGUUAACCUUCCCUUUCUUUUGUCAUUUUCUGGAUUAAGGAGUAACCUUGUUUUAGUAAAAUAAUAAUAAAGCAAUUUUUCUUUGCAUCGAUUUCUCUUUACCCAAUAUCACUGCGUUCUGACCGCGUAGAUAUUGGGUUCUCGUUGAGCGUGUUGUCUUGACUAAGAUGUUAUGAUAAACGAAGAUUUUUAGCAUUAGUCAUAAGCGCGAGGCAACGAAAUAAUAUGUUCCCCGUUGGAUUCGGACCCGGACUAGACUCAAUUUAUGGUCGACUACCCCGUCAAUUUCGCUUAAUAUAUAUUUUCGGGGAAACAAGCAAUGUAUUGUUAAUAACGGCAUAUACUUUUUUUUAAGCUUGAAGGUCGAAAGAUAAGUGGUAGUCAAUUCCUGAAGGUGCUAUCGACGCUUCGAGUGUGGGAAAUUUGUGCUCCUGAUAUAAAUGCAGCUAUAGAGGUAACUAAAUCUUAACAGUGUGGAUAUUUCUGAGUGAGGGGGGAUCUUCUGACACGAAAGAGAGUGUGAUCUAUUUUCAUCUUGAAUAUUACUCAGUUUUAAGUUGUUUAAUCUUUGGUUGAAACAAAUUUUGUGACUAUCGAAAAUAAAAUGUCUUAACUUUACUCUCAUGUUGUUUAAAUUGGUGUUGGGCCAAUCAAAGUAAAGCUUUAGUUUAGUUUCUUUCACAAAGUACUAUUUUUAUCUCUAUCCCAGAAUCUGAUCCUAAAAAUUCAUCUUUAUCAACCAGUACCCAUUUUUGUUUCAUUUUGAUUUUGACAGUUUGUCCGUGAGAAGGUCGUAGAGAUGUCAGAACUGGAGUUCGAAGAUUGGCUAAAUGCUAAAUUUCCUCAACCACAGAGACCUGUUUCUGCACCGCCUCCAAGAAGCAGUGGUUUUCGAUAUUAAGUAGGUCAUUUGUUGGGAUAAACUGAGAAGCUUAAGCCUGAAAUACGGAGCAACUCUCCAAAGAUGUUUCUUUUGUUUCAGUGAAGACGAGGAUGGGGUAUUGGCGUAUUACCCAACUGCAAGAGGUUUUGUUUUUGUUCUUGGUCUAAGUUCCGGAUCAAAAUAGAAAACUAAUUAAAAGCGCAGUGAUGUUUCUUUUUUAGGAUAUUUUAAGCGAUUUUUCUUGUUAUAAAAAGAACUUGUCAAGGGGAGUGAAAUAUCUCAACCUGGUGCAACUAGGGAAAAAAUCUCAAAGGUGUUGAGUCCGAUGGUUAGGUUGUAUCAUAGUUGACGCUAAUAGUAGUUCAGUUGGUCAUACUACUUCACACCAACUCAAGUCCGCCCCUGGAACAUCCAGUCGGUUAACGCUCGAAACU